AUGCCUCCUGGCGCAAGCAUUGAUGGUGUCGUGUUGGAGUAUGCGGAGCGGCCAGUGGUGAUUCGCUCAGAGGACGAUCGACACCGCUCGCCGGCAUUGCUCCACUGGAUGCAUGCAUCUCGCUUCCAAAGGCCCGAUGCACACCGCGCACAGUUGCCGAAUCGGACUGGGGCCACCAGGUGGCAGCCGCAAAGGAGAUCUUUGACACCAUGA